AUGUCCAAACCCAUAAUCACCACGCUUUCAAACGACGUCUUGGAUCAAAUCUUCGAGGAUGUGGAUCGAAAGGAUCUGCUGAGUCUGAUCAAGACGCACCGAGUCUUUCACAAAUCCGCCCAACGCCUCUUAUUCCAGUCGAUUGACCUCCCUGUACAAUCAACCCUGGCCCCUCCAUUCGUUCAAGGCGGGCAUGCUGCGGAAGUCAGCCACCUACCGACACCCCAGGAUCGGCAGGAUCCGGAUGAAGAGCCGCUGCGGUAUCGACGGGAACCCCGUCCAUUACUACCUCCGGUCUUCCUGCCACUAGAAGACUAUCAGAUCCCAAAAGAGUACAGGGAGCACGAGGCUUUUGGCAAUGUCGCGGCUCGGCAGCAAAGGAUUGCCUUGUUCCUCCAGGCUAUCGAGAAGGCGCCGCAGCUUGCAGAACAUGUACGCCACGUUCGGAUAGACGCUGAGUGGGGCCUACAGCUUUUCGUCCACGAGCAAGCCAUCACCAUCUUCGAUAAACUGCCGAACGUGCGAAGCAUCGAGGUGACGGUCAAAGACCGGUUGAAGGGUUCGAGAUGGCAUGCUUACCAGAACAUGUGCAUGAAGCAACUCUGGGCGGUACUCGAAGAUGAACCCAUCGAGACCGUCACUCUGAAGACACCGACGUUGAGGAUCCUCCGUGAACUCAUCCAGAUCCCUACUUUGAAGACAUUCUUGAUUGAAACCCCGGCGCCCUGGCAUGAAAGCCCUGAGUCCGAUAUCAAAAAAUUUCGCAUCAUUCACAAUUGGUUCGACCCCGAACCCGACUCCAUCCCCAACCUCACACACUUCAACUCUGGAACCUUUCAAAUCAGCCCUCUCGCUCUGGGGAAACUGCUACGCCUAUCUGAAAAGACGGAGUCACUGCACCUAACCAUCAACUGCCUGUACGCCUGGCAAAGGGACAUCGUACCACCAUGGUUUCGUCCCACACCCCCUACUCCUCAAACCGUCAUCGACGUCCUGCAAGCUUACCCAGACCUCCCUUCCAGCUCAAAACAACUCUCCCUCCUCGAACCCCCUUCCGCCAACUUCAGAGAACACCCCUACCCCGCCUUCUCGCCCUCUUUCACCUUCCUCAAAAACCUCCAAGUACUACGCGUAACCUCAUCCCUCUGGUACAACAACCUUGUCGACCUCCCCAACUCCGCAAAGAAAACAUGGAUCUGGCAGAAGCAGGAUCGUUGCGCCGCAGCCGCAUACACUCUCGUUCCCCCCUCGGUGCGCGAACUAGAAAUCCAAUUCUGCGGGCCCACCGAGGCUAUCUUCGCCACUGGUGAGGGCCGCGCGCAGUUUAGGCGUUUGCCUCAGGCGCUGCCGCCCAAGGGGUUGAACUGGAUAACGCAGUUUGCGUAG